GUGGUUGGGUGUGUUGUCAGAAUGGGACGUGGUCGUGGAGCAUGUGCGCAUUUGGAACACGUUCGUCGUAGAUUGUAGGAUGAAUUGUCAGAGUCACUUGUUGACUGGAGUUCGUAGCUGACAGGAUGAUUCAUUUGAUAUUUAAAUGUUGUGUUUAAUCCGAACUGGACGUUCUCUGAAACUUGUAGAACCAGAUGCUCUGGGCCAGGGACACCAUUUGUUUGAUUCUCAUUCCAGCAUUUUGGUUCAUCAGUCUUUCAUCUGCAGAUUGCAACAAUGUCAUAGUCUUUGUGACGGAAAGCAUUUCAACCGUACCGACUUUACCACGAGCUGUGUGUUGGUAGUAUUUAAUGAGCUGUCAUCAUAGCAAAUAGUUUCGUGGACAAGCAUCACGAUACAAGACACUAGGCACCAUUUGUACCCAGGAUCAUAUCGCUGAGACUGAUGGACGUCUUAGAUUCAAGCCAAGACCCGGAUGUGACUCCAGAGAAGACUUCCCUUCUGCAGCGCAUCAUGGUCAAGUUUGAAAGUACUGUGUUCAGAAGGAAACUCCAGUACAUGCUUGGGCUGUAUCUCGUGUCUUUUUCCUCUGGAUGGAUAGUGGGACUGAAGGGACCAGCCUUCCUCGACCUUCAGCAGAUCACCGGAGUUGGCACAAGCAAGGGUGCCGCCUUCUUCACAGCUGCGGCCGUUGGGGGUGUAACUGGAAAUUUGUUUGGUGGUGCCCUCUAUGACAGAUUCAACCGCCAUUUGGUUAUGUUUGUGUCAUCCUUCCUGUAUGCUGUGACGUGUGCAAUCAUCCCCUGGUGUUCUGUGUACUGGACAAUGGUCAUGAUGUUCCUGUUACACGAGCUGGUUAUAGGUGCUGCCAGGUCAGGCAUGAAUGUGGAGAUCGUGGAGGAGUGGGGCGACAAGGGCAAACCCUUCAUGCAGGCUCUGCAUUUCUCCUUCUCUCUUGGGGCAACACUCUCACCCUUCGUCCUUGAACCAUUCCUUUCCGAAGAACUUGAAGGAACAACAUCGAUCACAGCCAACUAUACGUUCCCUCCAACCAUUUACAAUACAUCAACCAUGGCCAUGACCGGUACUCCAGCUCCCAGAACAAAGAGUAACAUCCAUUAUGGCUUCCUCAUCGUUGCAAUUCCUUCAGGAAUAUUUUCGUUUGCAUUCCUCAUCAAAUAUUUCCACGAAAGAAACAAGGGUACAAGUAACAUUAGACGAAAGGACACGCAAAAGGGAGUGAAGGACGAGGAAGAUGAAGAGGAAGAAGGUCCCAUGAGGAAGAAGAGAACCCUCCCUCGACAUCUUCUCAUCAUCACCUUGGCACUCUUUGGUCUCUUCUACUUCUUCUUGGAUGAAGUUGAGGACACCUCUCCAUCUUUCCUGUCUGUGUUUGUCGUGAAGCAGAUGAAUUGGACCAAGAAAUAUGGUGGACGCCUGUCUUCCGCCUUCUGGGGAUCCUACACAGCAGGGAGAGGGGUUGGCAUCAUUCUCAUCAGUUUCGUCACACACACCCAGUUCUUCACCAUCUGUUGUGUGGUCCUCUGCAUGUCCCAGCUCGGUCUCCUUCUGUCAGCCACCUAUGGAUUUGGUACAGGAAUCUGGAUCAGCAUUGUUGGUAUUGGGCUGGCGAUCUCAGUGGUGUUCCCUGCAAGUCUCACAUGGACAGAGAAGGAACUUGUCCAGCUCUCAGGGAAGCUGAUGGGAGUCAUCUAUGUUGCCUUGAGUCUUGGCGGACUUGCAAACCCUCAGAUCAUUGGGGUGACUAUGGAUCUAUAUUCACCAAUGUGGUACAGUUAUGUUUUAUUUGCGGAGAGCAUCUUGUUUUCAAUUACCUUCCUAGUCCUGGUGGUGUUGGUGAAGAUCAUACUCUGUCAACAUACACAUGAAAUUGUACCAAGGACGUGAAAUAUUGUCAGAUAUAUCUGGGUCUGUACAGUCGGUGAGAAACAGUAAUCUGUGCACCAUAGGUUCUUUUCUUUAAAAUACUUUUUUCACUCAGGCAUUUCUUUGUUUUGAGUUUCAAAUUUUAUGAAAACGUGACUGUAGGUCAGAACAGGUCUUCAUUGGUUAGAUGCGCAACCAAGAGUGAGUGAGUGA